AUGGCCGAGCCAAACAAGAAAAGACGCCUCUCCGAAGAGGAUCUUUCUCAAGUCACCGAUACCAAAAUGGAGACAACCACAGUCAAAGCCUCCGAGGCCCCGGCUUCGAAACAGCCCAACAAGACCCUCUUCGUCCGAUCGCUUCCUGUGUCAGCCACGACAGAAAAGCUCGCAGAGUUCUUCUCAGAGUCCUACGUGAUCAAGCACGCCACUGUCGUCGUGAACCCGGAGACCAAGGUUUCUAAGGGCUUCGGUUUCGUUACAUUCGCCGAUCUCGAGGACGCCCAAAGCGCUCUUGAGGAGUUGAACAAUGCCGACUUUGACGGCAAGAAGAUUCGCGUCGAGUAUGCGCAACCCCGUCACCGUGAGAUCGAUGAGAAGCUGGGCAGGAGUGUUCCUGCUGCUGCUGCGAUCAAGAACAAGCAGGAGCGUGAAGACCAAAGAACGCAAAACCAGCCCCCUAGGCUAAUCGUCCGCAAUCUGCCGUGGAGUAUCGAGACCCCCGAACAACUUUCCCGACUUUUCCUCAGUUUCGGUAAAGUCAAGCAUGCAGUCCUGCCCAAGAAGGGCAACAAGUUGCAAGGUUUCGGUUUUGUUGUCUUGAGAGGCAAGAAGAACGCCGAGAAGGCACUUCAAUCAAUCAACGGUAAAGAAGUUGAUGGCCGCCAAUUGGCUGUCGAUUGGGCCGUUGAGAAGGAAGCCUGGGAAAAGGCCAACGAAGCCACUCAGGAGGAGAAGGAGGAAGAGAAGGACGAGUCUGAGGAUGUUGAUAUGGAGGACAAGGAAGAUUCCGAGGAGGCCUCUGGCGAAGAUGCUUCAGACGAUGAUGAGGAUGACGAUAUGGAGGAUCUGGAGGGCGAUCUUGAGAAUGACGAGGAGGAAGAAGUUGAGGAGGAAGAAAAAGAAGACGACCGCACGGAGUGCACUAUUUUCCUUCGCAACCUUCCCUUUACCUGCACCGACGAGUCCCUCUACGAACAUUUCACCCAAUUCGGACCGCUCCGAUACGCCCGCAUUGUGAUCGACCAUGAGACUGAACGGCCCCGAGGUACUGGAUUCGUGUGCUUCUGGAAAGUCGACGAUGCCAUCACUUGCAUCCGCGGUGCUCCCAAGACGACAGAGAUGCCCGCUGGUGACAAAGACCGCUCCAAGCCCGCCAUGAAGUAUUCCGUACUACAAAACGAGGAUGCCGAUCCCAGCGGAAAGUACACAAUGGAGGGCCGUGUUCUACAAGUUGCUCGCGCAGUCAACAAGCGCGAGGCUACGAGAUUGAACGAGGAGGGUGUGUCGCGCCGCCUGGUGCGUGACAAGGAUAAGCGCCGUCUCUACCUUCUGUCUGAGGGUACUAUCGCAUCGAACUCGCCCAUGUACAAGAAGCUGUCCCCCUCCGAAAUCAAGAUGCGUGAGGCCAGUUUCAAGCAGCGUGAGACUUUCAUCAAGAAGAACCCAGCCUUGCAUCUCAGUCUUACUCGUCUUUCUAUCCGAAACAUCCCCCGCCACAUCACCUCGAAGGACUUGAAGCAAUUUGCCCGUCAAGCCGUUGUUGGCUUUGCUACCGACGUCACUAACGGCAUUCGCGAGCCUCUGUCGAAGGAGGAGAAGUCGCGCUCGUCCGAGGAGAUGGAAGAGAUGGAGACUCUGCGCAAAACCAAGAAGCAGGGUAUCGUCCGUCAAGCCAUGAUCGUCUACGAGACCCGAGAGGGUACCAAGGUUCCCGAGAAGGGCGGUGGUGGUCGCAGCCGUGGAUACGGUUUCAUCGAGUACUUCACCCACCGACACGCCCUGAUGGGCUUGCGCUGGUUGAACGGUCACCCCAUUGAUAUCCCUGUCAACAACGACGAGGAGGACAAGGACCGAAAGAAGCGCCUGGUUGUUGAGUUCGCCAUUGAGAACGCACAGGUUAUCAAGCGCCGCAAGGAAUUGGAAGAGAAGAAGCGUCUUGACAAGGAAAAGAGUGCCCAAGAAAAGGAGCAGGAGGUCGAGGAGGAGACCGACAAGAAGGGAAUGAAGAGGAAGCGUGGAGGCAAGGGCAAGGAGGGAGAGGAACAAGGAGAGCAGGAUGAUGAGGAAGAGAACAAGGUUGCCAAACGUAACCGGAUCAUUGCGCAGAAACGUAUGAAGCGGAAGGCUCGUCGGGGCAAGGCGUAA